AUGAUCGCAGCACAGACAGCAUUGCGACUGCUCGCAGGCGUUGUUGCCCUGCCCGGGCACGCGGCAGCCACGACUCGGACCGCAACCCCCCCGCUUGGCUGGAACAGCUACAACUACUACAGUUGCUUCCCCAACGAGACGAUCAUCAAGGAAAAUGCCCAAGGCCUCGUAGACCUCGGUCUUGCCGCAAAGGGCUACAACAUCGUCACUACCGACUGCGGCUGGCCCUCGUCAAACAGGACCGCCGAAGGCAGAAUCACGUGGAACGAGACCCUGUUCCCGUCAGGCUUCCCGGCCUUGGGCGAGUACAUCCAUGGAUUGGGCCUGCAGGUCGGCCUCUAUUCAGGAGCUGGCCGCUGGCAGUGCAAUACCGAUCCCGAGCACAUCUUCCUGGUAGCAUCUCUUGGCUACGAGACUGAGGAUGCCCAGACGUUCGCAGAGUGGGGCGGCGACACUUUAAAGUAUGACAAUUGCUGGGCCAAUCUGAUUUCUCCAUCACGUGUUGUGGAAUACGACCCCUACGAACCCGAUCCGUCCGUCCGUUUUGCCGCCAUGGCGCAAGCUCUCGAAGCUGUCGACAGGCCCAUUGUCUACCAGAUCUGUCAAUGGGGCGUAGGCGAAGACCUCGGCGUGUGGGCCCCCAAAUUGGGCGACUCGUGGCGCAUCUCCAACGACAUCUACAACGGCUGGUCGUCCAUCUGGCGCAUCACGAAUCAAGUCGUCCCAUUCUGGAAGCACACCGGCGUCGGCAAGUAUGCCGACAUGGACAUGCUAAUCAUCGGCCUCAAUGCCCUCAGUUUGGAAGAAGAACGCUUCCACUUCACCAUGUGGGCCAUCAACAAAUCACCCCUGACCAUCGGUGCCCCCAUGUCCACCACCCUCACGCCCCAGGCCUCGCUCGACAUCUUGGCCAACGAAGAGGUCCUGGCAAUCAACCAAGACGCGCUGGGCGAGCAGGCGCGCCUGGUGCAGCGCCACACGGAAGAAGAGUACGACGUCUGGGCCGGCAACCUGACCGACGGUCGGCUCGUCGUCGCCGUGGCCAACUGGCGCAACGCCAGCCAAUCCGUCACGCUCAACCUCAGCAACCCAGCCCUGGGCGUCGCCGCCGUCGGCGCGAUCCGCGACGUGUGGGCCGCAAGCGAUCUGGGGGGCGCCGUCGCGCCCGAAGAAUUCAAGCUGGACCUCGCCGGCCACGAGGCGAAGCUGCUCGUCCUGUCCGGCGUCACCCGCACCAACACUUCGCUCGUCGACGCGCAGUACCACCCCGUCACCGACGCCGCGGUCGAAGGCGGCAACGCAUCCGUCGUGGAGUGCCCCCAAGACGUCGACAGCACGUCCGGCGGCUGUCUCCCCGUCGGCUCCAAGGCCGUGAACCUGUACCCGGGCUCCACCGUCACCUUCUCAAACGUGUCUUCAUCGUCAGCGUCAUCUCUGCUCGCCAUCGACUACGUCAACUACGACGUCGCCCUCCAGUCGGCCUGGUCCAACGGCACCAAUACGCGCAACGUGACGCUCAGCGUCAACGGCGGCACCGCCAAGCGCUGGGCGCUGCCGAUCAGCGGCGGCAACUGGUUCGAGACGGGCAGGCUGGUCGUCGAUGUCGAUGGCUUCGUCGAAGGGGAUGGGAAUGUGGUUGUUGUGGGAGCGCCCGGGCCGGAUCCGGCGCCGGAUGUGGUGGGGUUGGCUGUAGUGGUUGAGGGGUAG